AUGGGGUGCACACCGUCCCACAGCAUUAUCGUCAACAGCGUUGCCAAGAGUGGCAUUCAGUUUUUUAAGAAGCCCAAAGCACUUCUGCCAGGAUGUCAGCGGGGCAGCCAAAAAUGUCCCAUCCCUUUGCUGGUUCAAAGCUCCACCUUCUGCGACCCUGGUCGGGAGCUGCACCUGGGACAGAGGUCAGCGGAGGAGCCAGCAAGUUCCAAGAAGCCCCAAACCAUGACUGAAGGUCUUUGUCAGCUCGUGAAAGAUAGGAAAGGACUGAUUCCAGAAAGGCAAAGAUUUCAGCUGAACGAAUCACAAAGCCGUGCAGCUACGGACAUGUCCUUCAGGACAGAAGGCUCCCAUGGGAUACAAGAAGCAGAUUUUGCUGAGCAAAAGAAUGAGGAAAACAUUCCCCAGGGGACCUCAAAAUGGGACAAAAAGCCAGUGUGCCAUCAGUCAGACAACCAGGGCCACUGCUACCAAAUUUCUCCCGAGUCAAAAGGCAAAGUGGACUUCCCCGAGCCCCUGGUAAAGGCCCACCAGCACGCUUAUGCCUAUCUGCACACCAGCCUUUCCAGAUACGAAGCGAUUCUGCGUCUCGUCCAGCAGGCCAGCCACACCCGGGAGCUGUUGCAGCCCAUGCUUAGCUUCCUGCUGCUGUGCUCCGAGGAGGCCAACCAGCUUCUAGCAGAAAUCUCCCAAGAUGGAGAAGGCCUCCUCCAGGAAGUUAGAGGGGAUCUGGCCUGGCCAUCGGGGAAAGGCGAGCCCUGGGAACAGCCAGACCUCCUACAACAGCUGCUGCAGUAUACGGUCACCAAGCUGCAGGUGGUCCACGGCACAGUGGCCGCCCUCACUGGGGGCUUGCUGGAGGGUUCCAGCAGCUACCUCAGCUCCACUGCUAGCCACCUGGAGGGUAAGCUGAGCACCAAGAGAGGUCUAGACGAAUGCCUCCUGAGAGCCCUGGGACAACUAGAGAGCCUGACCACUGGCCAUGGUGACCCUGGGCUGCUGGGUCCACCCUUGUGCUCUGAGGACAGUGGCAUCGGGGCUGACAAUGAGUCUGUGCAGUCCACGGAGAAGCUGGGCAAGCAAACUAGCUGGGAUUUUGCAGCCGAGUCUGGAGAAUGGAAGCCAGGGACUGCAGCCCAAGUGGAAGCCAGGCUGCCAGGGCAUGCCUGGCAGAAAGGUCCGUAUUGGACAGGUUCAGACAGACACCAAGACUGUCCACUGUCGAGGCCUGGGAUAGCCAAGGUUCAGCCUGCAGCACAGGAUAAAGCCAGGAGUUCUGGUGCCUCCAACACAGGCCCGGAAGUAGUCACCUCCAGGCCUCCAGAGGCUGCCCAAAGCAUUCUGCGGGAUUCCCUGGGGGUUGAGACCCCUAUGCCAACAUGUUUUUCUCAGAGCUCUGGAUUGGUGGAUGCUUCAUCCCUGAGCGAAGACGAGGACAGCAGCCCGGAGGAGGAUGAUGAUGUUAGCCCCAGGGAUCUGCACUCUGAGCAACAGAGAGCAUCACCUUCAAGACCACGGUCCUCACCUGCCACGCGGGAAAGCCUGUUCCAGCCAUACUCCAGGAAGCUUAGGGGCCCCCAGGCCCAGGAAAUGAUUCUGAAGAUGAAAGAGGCCAUCAGUGAAAGGAUCAAGUUUGUCCCUGUGCCUUCCAGACCCCAGGACUGGGCUGAGGAGGAGGAGGGGAGAACAAUGGUCCCUCCAAGACCUAACACAGCCAGUGGCAGCAGACAGAGCCCCGAGAGACAAAGGAGGUCACAAUCGGAGGGAUGUCUUAAGAGCCACAUGGAAGACCCCACCCUCCAGGAGCUGAGGAGGGUCCAGACAGACCUCAGUCGGAGGCUGGAGGUAUUUUAUGCCCUGGGUGCCACACGUCAGGGGCAGAACAGGGAACAACUUCUGCCAUCCAGGGCAUCAGUGCUGUGGCCCCCUUCCAACUGCAAGGUGAGUCCCAGUAGUGCCAUGGGCAAGUUCAAGGCCUCCCUCACCAAAAAUUUCGGCAUUCUGCCCAAUCAAGACAAGAGCAUCUUGCAAAGAGGUAGUCACUUCCCUGGCCGUGACCAGCCCUGCCAGGAGAUGGCUGAGAAGCUGCCAAAUGCCAUCUUUUGUGGUGAGAAGAACAGUAGCGUUCCCAGGGACACUGAAUGGGACAUCAGGGGCUGUCCCACCAGAACAUCGGUGAAGAAGCUUAUUGAGACCUUCAGUCCCAAUGAGAGUCUGAGGGCGCCAAGGGACUCCAGGAAUUUGGGGCCAAGGCCCUGUCUCAGGAGGUGGGGGGUCCCUGCCAUGCCGCCCAGAUUUCCUAUAUACAGGGGGCUAGCCCCUCUGUAUCCUAAGCCCCAAAUUUCUCCAGCAGUAGGCAGAGACCCUCUCAAGGUAGGCAUGGGCUGGAGGCCUUCCCCACCCUUUCCCUCUCUUCCUCCGGCAGAAGCAUCCAAGAGCGAAGACUUCAACUGUGACGAGGGGCCAGACCUAGAGAAUCUCCCUCCGCCACCUCUGGAAAUCCUGAUGGACAAAUCAUUCACUGCUCUGGAGGACCCAGAGGGCAGCCAGCCAGCAGAGAGCUCUAUAGAAGAGACCCUGGUACCAGGGCUGCAAGAAGCUAGCGCUCCGAGAAAAACAUGGGCUUCCCCAAAGCUAAAAGCUUCCAUGAGCCCCAAGGACUUGCUCCCGAGCAAGGGCACUGGCAGCUCCCUGACGCUCCACGGCACCGGGCCAGGGAUCACGAGGAAUGUGGGCAAUUCCAGAAAGCUGACCUUGGACCUGAACUGCCAGCAAACCGUGAGCCUAAGCCCAGAGGCAGAGGGUGGGGGGACUCAGAUUCAUGCACAAGCAGAGAAUGCGGCAAGCUUUUCGGAGCAACCCCACAAGGCAAUGCCCUGGCACCACACUAACCCCACAUCUGGGCAAAGCAGGACCUUGGAACCCAGCCCGGCCAGACCUUCCCGAGGUCCACACUCUGCAGAAGCAUCCAGGAAGGGCCCAGAGAGAAGCCCUCCAGGAUUCAGAAAAGCCUCUCCCACCAGAGCACAGCGGGACUCCCAAGGAGAUAGGAAGCUGCAGAGCGCGCCCCCUUCUCAUGGACUGUCCCAGCCAGGCCUCCCUGCUGUUCUCAGCUCCCCCAGCCCACCUCUGAGCCCCAGGACACUGAGCCCCCCAGCCACAAAGAAGCCAACUUCCCCACCUUGCCAGUACCCGCAGCCCAACCCAGCCCAGGCGAGCCCUCCUGUCCAACCAACAGAAACCAACACCCCUUCCUCUGCCUCCUCUUCAUCCCCCUCAGCGUCUCCCUCUCAGGGGUCCAAGGAGACAAGUCACUCUGAGGAUGGUGAAGCCAUCACGGCUAAAGCACCUAGGAACACGUGUUCCAUAUUCUGCCCAGCCCCCUCCUCUCUGGUCGAGGCUAAAUCAUCAUUCUCAAUAUCCCCUCCACGGACGCUACCAGAACCGGGGGGCCCUUUGAGGACCCCAACAGAAGGCUGUAGGGGCAGCUCGGGGCCACAGCUGAGGGCAGAUUCGCAGAGGAGACCAGCUCAGAGAGCCCUCAACCCUCUGCCUUUCGUCAGAAGGACAGCUUCAGACCGCCUGCGCCAGCAUGGUGACCCACUCCAGCUGCCCGGCUGCUCUUGGGAAUCCCAUCCCUGCCAAAGCAGCAGCAGCAGCAGCAGUGAGGAGAACUCCAAGCAAGAGCCCCCAUCCUGGAACAACUCCCGGGCCCCAGAAUUCCAGGGCAGCGGCACCAAGUGGGCAUCGCCUCUGGAGCUCUGCGUGCUGGGCCACGGGCUGCAGCCAGAAGCCCGCAUCGGCCGCAGCCAGGACAGAUCCCAGCCAGAGUCACAGCACCAGCAGAAGGAAGUGGCCUGACAUGUGGUCCAUGGGGUCACACGGAUGCCAGUCCCCCUAGAACACAUGAAGUAGUCCUGAGGUGUUCACUCGGCUCCGUGGAUGGUGGGUAAACCAACUCGAACUGGAGUGUCUGGGCAAGACCUUGAAGACGCCCUGCUUAAGGGUCUGCAAAAUCUUAAGCAACAGCUGGGUUCCCGUCACAGCAAAGAUGUUGCUUUGCCUUGGGUUUGAAUGGUAAUGGAUACUUUAGAGCCCACAAUGAUACCCUUUAUCUUUUCAAGAGCUGGCCUUAAUGAGAAGAAGGAAAAUACACUCAUGCUUAGAGGGGUGUGUGUUUUACAAGAUAACCAGUGAUGGUCACCACAUCAUUUUAACCACAGCGAUGAGUGAAGUAGUGCCCUCUGGACAAGAAAACCAAAGGUGUGGGGGAGCCCCCCCCAUACACAAGGAUCUUGCUGGAGUUCAGACAGAUGUAAGAACAGAGCACAAACAGGUUCGAUGUGGGUGUCCUUAGACUCUGCAUUCUUAAUGAAGAAUAUUUCAUUGCCUUUGAUUAUUCUAUCUCUGUACCUGCCUACAGCAUAAGACAUUGUACAAACAGUAGGAAGAGCAUUGUUUUUAUUUGUUAAGGUUAAAUAGUAUGAUGGUUCAUGUUGUCCACGUGACGGAAUCCAGAACCACUGAAGAGUCUAGCCUUUGGUCGAGUUCAUUGAGGUAGGAAGACCCACCCUACUAUGAUUGGCCCCAUUCCAUGGGGGUGGAGGGUGAGGUCAGAGGAUCCUGAACUGCAGAAAGAGGAAGAAAACUACCUACCAGCAUUCAUUUCUUCCUGCUUCCUGACUGUGGAUGCAGUGUGACCAGCGACCUCCGAUUCCUGCCAUGACCACGACGGACUGCAUCA